AUGAGUCUUAUUGGCCGGGGCACCAAUGGUACAGUGGAUCAACUGAACGACUUCAUUGCGGUAAAAAGAGCUCGUUCAGGAGAGGAUGAGCAGGCUGAUCAUGCCCACGAGCAAAAAGUAUUUCGGUUUCUCAAGGAUCGACCACAAAUUCCUCACCUCAUUCGCUGCUUAUAUCAAAGGCCGAACGAUACCUUCCUAGAGCUUGCACCCAAUGGGAGUGUCGCGAUGCUCCUUAACCAGUACCAAAUCCGUGAUGGAAUACGGGUCCUUGAGGUUUUGCAACAUCUCAAACCACAGGAAAUUAGUCGUUGGAUGAGGCAACUUUGCCUAGCCACUAUGGGACUCGAACAAGUGGGAUUAACACAUGGAGACAUUCGCCCAGCAAACAUGCUUUUGGACUCGAAUUGGAAUUUAAAGUUGAGCGACCUUGACCGGGCAACGAGGAUUGGGGAAGAUAUCGCGGUGAUGACUGAGCCGUUUGGACGGCUACUAAGCAAAGACGACGACGGAGAUACUGGCACAUAUGGCAAGGCGGGUGUUCGGACAGACAGUCUUGCGAUUGGCUCAGUUUUCUACACUCUUUUGCGGGGCCACGAGCCGUAUGAGACUGAGUCCUGGGGUACUGACCAUUUUGUCAUUCUGGGCGAAAACUUUCAGCAGAGGGAGUUCCCGCCCAUUACUAGUUCGGCUGGUGACGCUAUCAUAAGCAAAUGCUGGAUUGGGGAAUACCACUCAAUAAAGGAGCUCGUGGCGGAGUUUCCUGAUGACACCGAACAACAUGACCUUGUCGUGGAGGAACAGGAGUUCACGACACUAAGACAUCUUGAAUCCGAGUGCAGGAGUUUUAUCAAGAGUGGUCUUGUGGACAGGUUCAAGAGGACUAAGAGGUAA